AUGCCGUCAAAAACAGACUCUAGGAAUGCUGAACCAGCAGCAAGCAAUUUCGACGACCUGGACAACUACUUCAUGGACGGAGAUGUGGACGAUGACCCGUUUGCGUCCCCCAAACCAGAAGACAAGUGGAACAAGCGAAAAGAGCCAGGCGAUGGGCUGGGUAUCGACGAGGAAGUUUCAGUCGCGAAGAAGACCAGAGUGCCAAGGAUCAGACUCGACCAGGACAGAUUACUUUCAGAAAAGGGCAUUCCUGCACUCAAAAAACGAGCAGGGAAACUGAAGCUCAAGGGUAAAGGCCAUGAGUGGGGCGACGCAUCGCGCCUGAUGUCCUUCUACCAGGAAUGGCUAGACGACCUUUUCCCCAAGGCCAAGUUCCUAGAUGCCUUGGCAAUGGUGGAAAAGGCAGGGCAUAACAAGAUGAUGCAGAAGAUGAGAGUGGACUGGAUCAACGAAGGGAGGCCCAAGUCGAACGUCACGGCCGACGGCGGAGACGACGAUGAAACUGCAGGAGAGCAGCAGCAGGAAUUCGAGGCGGCAGCACCGCGACAAGCAGAUCGGAUCGCGCCUAUUUUUGAGAGGACUGCAAGCGGUGCUCGUCCGGGCACGCCACCGGUGGAGGACCCGUUUGAGGACGACAUCUACGGCGCAACUCCGAUGGGUGCAAAGAAGAAUAACAUGGCGGCGCAAGCAGGAGGUGAACCUGAUCAGGAUGAGCUUGAUGCGCUCAUGGCAGAGAUGGAGCAGGAGCCGAGUGUCCCAGCGCGACCGACUGGCGGGGCAGCCAAGAGCAUAUUCGGCGAUGGAAAGCCGAAGGCGGCAGAGAAACCAAAACCGACCGAGCCGGACGAUGACGAUCUUGAUGCCCUCAUGGCUGAAGCUGAGGCUGAACAGGGUCCCACGAGGCCGCCAGCGGCUGGUGCAUCCAGUUCGAAAGCACCUCCAGCGGAGUUCAAUGACGAAGAGGAAGCCAUGGCGGAGAUGGACGGGCUCUGGUGA